AGCGCCUAACUGUAUAAAUCGGAACAGCGUACAAUGAAUUGGUGCAGAGUCUGGACUACUCAGCAGCAGCAGCGCCUCACAACAUCUGCCCACAUCAGACUGAGAGACGGAUUCAGCAACCCUUCACAAAGCAAACUAACAGCACAUUGAAGCACCAUGGUUUUCCACAAAGAGUUCCAGACGGCCGGGAAGGAGCCCGGUCUGCAGAUCUGGCGGGUGGAGAAGAUGGACCUGAAGCCCGUGCCAAAGCAGCUCUAUGGAAACUUCUACACUGGGGAUGCCUACAUCCUUCUCUACACCACUGCCGCCCCUUCCUACUACAUCCACAUGUGGAUGGGUAAUGAGUGCUCCCAGGAUGAGAGUGGUGCUGCUGCCAUCUUUGCCACCCAGCUGGAUGACUCCUUGGGAGGUGGCCCAGUUCAGUUCCGGGAGGUCCAGAACAAUGAGUCUAUCACCUUCCUGGGCUAUUUUAAGUCUGGGAUCAAAUACAAGAAAGGUGGGGUGGCGUCUGGCUUCCAGCAUGUGGUGACCAACGACAUGAACGUGAAACGCCUGCUGCACAUCAAAGGCCGUCGGGCCAUCAGGGCAGCAGAGGUCAACAUGGCCUGGGCCAGCUUCAACCGCGGAGACUGCUUCAUCAUCGACCUGGGCAAGGAUAUCUACCAGUGGUGUGGUAGUGAGUGCAACCGCUUUGAGCGUCUGAAGGCCUCCCAAGUGGCAAUCGACAUUCGUGACAACGAGCGGAAUGGACGUGCCAAGCUUCAGAUGGUAGAGGAAGGAGGCGAGCCACAGCCCAUCAUUGAUGCACUCGGGCCCAAGCCCGCUAUCCCAGCAGGAACUCCUGACGAUGAGAAUGUUGACAGAGCCAACAAGAAGAAGGGUGUUCUCUACAUGAUCUCUGACGCUGCAGGCUCCAUGAAGACCUCUCUGGUGGCCCAGGCCAGCCCCUUCAAACAGGAAAUGCUCUCACCCAGCGAGUGCUACAUUCUGGACAACGGCGUGGACAACAAGAUCUUCUUGUGGAAAGGACCAACUGCAAACACUGCUGAGAGGAAGGCUGCCAUGAAGGCUGCUGAGCAGUUCAUCAAAGAGAAGAACUACGCCAAAAACACUCAGAUCCAGGUGAUGCCGGCUGGCGGAGAGACCACCCUCUUCAAGCAGUUCUUCUCCAACUGGAAGGACAAGGAUCAGACCACCGGACCUAGCCAGGCCUACACCAUUGGGCGCAUUGCCCGCGUGGAGCAGAUCCCCUUCGACUCCUCCUCUCUCCACUCCAACAAAGCCAUGGCAGCCCAACACGGCAUGGUGGAUGAUGGCUCUGGGAAAGUCCAGAUCUGGCGUGUGGAGGGAGGGGAGAAGGUUCCCGUGGACCCAUCCAGCUAUGGCCAGUUCUUUGGAGGAGACUGCUAUCUGAUCCUCUACUCAUACCGCACGGGAGGGCGCGAUCAGCACAUCAUCUACACCUGGCAAGGCCUGAAGUGCACUCAGGAUGAGUUGGCUGCGUCUGCCUUCAUGACUGUUAAACUGGAUGACUCAAUGGGUGGGGCUCCUGUCCAGGUACGUGUCACUCAAGGCCAAGAGCCCGCCCACCUGAUGAGUCUGUUCAAGGGCAAGCCAAUGAUCAUCCACCUGGGCGGGACCUCCCGCAAGGGGGGGCAGAGCCGUGCUGGGAGCACCCGCCUCUUCCACAUCCGCCAGAGCACCACCCGUGCCACUCGUGCAGUUGAGGUGGAGCCCUCUGCUGCCUUCUUGAACACCAACGAUGUGUUUGUGCUGAAGACGCCCGACUCCAUGUUCCUGUGGAGGGGCGUGGGUGCCACAGAGGAAGAGAUGGCCGCGGCCAAACAUGUCACCAGCUUCCUGGGAGGAAGUGCAACUGAGAUGGCAGAGGGCAAGGAGCCUGCUGCAUUCUGGUCUGCCUUGGGCGGGAAGCGCGAAUAUCAGUCCUCUCGAUCUCUUCAGAAGACAGUGAAGCCCCCACGCCUCUUUGGCUGCUCCAACAAAACAGGCCGUCUCAUUGCGGAGGAGGUCCCUGGAGAUUUCAAUCAGACAGAUUUGGCCACUGAUGACGUGAUGCUCCUGGAUACUUGGGAGCAGAUCUUCCUCUGGAUUGGCAAUGAGGCCAAUGAAGUGGAGAGAACUGGAUCGGCUAAAAUUGCUAAAGAGUACGUGGACUCUGAUCCCUCUGGCCGGCACGGAACUCCUAUCGUCACCAUCAAGCAAGGCGCCGAGCCGCCAACCUUCACCGGCUGGUUCCAGGCCUGGGACUCCAAAAUGUGGGACACUGACCCUCUGGAGCGCAUCCGGGCUCGCUUCUAAAGCUCUUAAACCCUCACCACAUCCCAGCCCAACCCACCCUGCAUGGCCAAGCCCCCACCUCUUCAUUAUCCACAGCUAAAGAGAUCUGCAGGCUCUUGACUGCAGCUGGAUCUUCAAGGUUAAAACAGUGCCUUACACUUAACAUUUCCAUGCAGUAACACUGCUGGAAAGGUUCUUUAUGCAGUAUACAAACACUUGUUUUUACUUUGUUUAUAUAUAUAUUUGCUAGUUCAUGUGAUAAGUGCCAAAACCAGAACACGUGGAGUAUUAAAUGUGGCCUUUUUGAGGAUUUUUACUGUAGUUUUAUGUCAUGCAUGAAGUUUGCCUGUUUCUCCAACAGUUUUUAAAAACACUCCGAAAAAUGAAAACAUGGUGCUUUAAAAGCAUUCAGUCAGUGUUUUAAGGAUGUAUAACAUCACUCAAAGGUGAUGUCAGGCCACUGUGCAGUUUCUUUUCUGUGUGCCAUUUUAUUUUUUAAGAAAAUGUAUCUGAUUUUUUAAAUCAUGUAACAGUAGCAGAUUUGUAAUAAAAACAAACUGCUUUUUGCUA